GUGGGUAGUUGGUUGCAAUGACCGGUAACUCGCUUAAACUUUAGACUGAUAUCAGAAAGUGGGUUGUGGAAAAAUCUGAAUUACCUCUCUUGUUUUUAGAGACAUCGAAUUUUGAAAAGUGUAAUGAUUUGUAGUUAUUUGUGUUUGUGAUCUAGAUCUAGUAAAAUAUUAUUUGUUUGUACACUAUUUCUUGUUAUGGCGUCUUACACUCACAUGACCUACUAUGCGGUUCCCAGGUCUAGGAGAGAUGGUGAUCUUUAUAAAUUUAGUGACGCUGGGUCAGAGUGCUCUAUACCUAGUUUCCAAGAAAAUUGCCGUGUACCUCUGAUGAUGGACACUGACCACCCAAAACAGGACAGCCUUGAUGAAGUGGAUGCAGUUGGAUACCUAGAGGCCAACAAUACAGCAGGCCACGUCACUGGCAACGGAGUACGCCCCUGUGCUAUUCCACCUAUGCCCACAAAGAAGCCUCGGGUUUUCACCAAGCAGAAAGACGUUCAACUUACCGACUCGGAAUUGUUAGCAGACGACCAAGAGAAGCGUUACCGUGGCGCGAGCUUGAUCAAACCUCAAACUUUGUGGACCAAUCAACGCGCGAAUGGUCAGGAGAGUUGCCAGGGGGGCGCUGCCUGUGCUAACGGACACAGUGAGGAUUAUCAAAACGACCCCACGAACUAUCUGACCCCAACCGAAUCUCCGCACUACUCGGGAUCUUUUUUUCGCUUCUCCACUGAUGAAACAGCCACCGGUUCAGAUGAUAGUAAUCAAAUUAGAGGUCAACGUUCAAGGACACCAUUUACACGGUUUGACUCAGGUGUAGACUGCACCACAGAACGAGGCUCGACCAGCACGACCAUCAGUAACAUACCUUCGGAAUCCCCACGCUCUAUAACCAACCCCCGACUGUCGACCCACCAGGAACAACACUACGAGGACAUAGACACCUACAGCAAAAAACAGCCGCCCAGUGAAGGCAAGAAAGGGAUUACAAGCAAUUCUAUUUCGAGUAAUGGUUCUUGUUUGCGAGCAACGACAACUCGUCCAUUACCGGAAGUAAAUGCCUUCAGACGAGAUACUCUCGAUAACGAUGACAACGAACCUAUACUCAAUUCUUCUAUUGCUGAGACAGUAUCGAGUACUCUUAAUGAUCCCACCUUGAACUUUGACCCACGGCUGGCCACUCUGCCGCAUACAUACACCCAGUUAGACAUCGGAGCGCCACGUGGCACCCCGGCAAAGAAAGUCUCUCCAAAAGAGCGCCAGAGAUGCUGCGCGGCCUUCACCCUCCCAGUCGUCCUUGUUUUUAUCAUUUCCGUCUCAGCCUUGACCUUGAGCAUUUACGUUCUCAUUACCAGCAAGAGUAGAUCUGAGAUGACUGGGGUCUUCAGUUCUGAUCAUUCCAAACAAAACAUGCAGCUGCUUGUGCAAGAACUUAACGAUCGAAUGUUGAAAUUAGAACAAGAGAACAUUGCCUUGAGAAAUCAACUGUCUGAGCAUGCAAGCAAGCUGCUAUUUAUUGAAGAUGAUGUUGAGAUCCUGUACAACACAACAGUCAACACAAGCUUAGCGCUUUAUUCAAUGAAAGAUGUGUUGAUGACUAGUAUUAGCAACAUUAGUCUUCUGCCUGGACCUCAGGGCAAGCCAGGGAUAGUCAACUUCUCACUGUGUGUCAGCACAUCCAUCUCGAAAACAGCUCCAUCCUCCACUACAGAACAAACUAUUACAGACUUACAACCUGAAACAAGUGAGGCUAAAAAAUAUUUUGUGAUGUUUGCAUACUGUACAUACAUUGGUGCAACAGAUGCCCAGCUAGUCUUUGAAGCAAGAACUGGCCAGUACAAGUGUUUGUGUUAUGGACAAAUCAAUAGCAAAACAUUUACAGUGUGUACGGUACAUGUCAUGAUGUGUCCACGAUAACUGACUGGACUGCUCACAAGUGGACAAGAUUUAAAUAAUGUUUUGAUUUUGGAACAUAGUUUAAAUUGGAAAAAAAUUAUUGGUUCAUCCAAUGAAGUCUAAGGAACUAAAAAUAUUUUUGUCUUAUUAAUGAGAUCUGUUGAGCAUAAACACUUUAAGAGCCUUCUGUGAUUUAACAAGAAUCAUUGUUGUCUAUAGUUACAGUCUUAUUCACUGUUUUCUUUGGUAAUCCAAGCUAUCAGUUAAUAGUUUAUGAACAAAAUCUUUAAUAUUUUUUUUUGUAGUUCAACUACAGUAUUUUGAAAUUAUUUUGAAUACAUUUCAAACUAAUCUUGCCAAAAACCUUGAGGCUACACCAAAGAUUGCUAUAACUGACUUGUUAUUUUUUGUUAUCAUGUUUUUUUUAAUGGUUUGAACAUUACUAUUGCUCUCUGUUGAACUUAUUUCUGUUACUGUAUUUUUUUAUAUUUAUAAAGUAUUUUUAUCAUUGUCUUUCUGAAAAUUUGUUGUGCUACAGUAAGAAAAAGGUAAUUACAAAUAUAUGGCUGCCUGGUCAUGUGAUAUGUGCUCUCGACUGUUGUUCAUUUGUCAUGAUCGCCCUGGACUCUUCCUGCUGCCAUCUCCCAUUGUCAUGCGGGAGGUUUGGGCUAGGAUGUUCUUAUCUUCAAAUCUGAAGAAACAUCCGAAACGUGUAAAACAAAAAAAUACAAGCUUUACUAUUUUAAAGACAUCGACACUAUUGCAUUUGUGUGUAUUUCAUCUUCAACCAUAUCUCACAAUUUUUUAAUGCUGUACGAGAUCAAAAAAUGAGCUUUUCAUUUCAUGCUACAACUUUUUUGUGUUGAAAUAUCUUUCCUUGGCUUCACUUUCUUUCUCAUAACAGUUCAAUGUAUCUGCUUAUCUACUGAAUAUAGGACUUGGCCAUUCCCAUGUGCCUUUAAGUUCUUUGUUUAAGAUUGAAUUCAGCCAGCUUAAUAGCCUUCUUGGCUGAAUUUUGUGUCUAAAUUUAGACAUGUUAUCAAUCUAUGUAUAGUCGUGUGUGAAGCAGUCCUUGACCUUGUUCAAUACUAGAAUAUGCAUCCUUUGUUUAGCACCUUGCAAUGGACCUCAUUCAUCAAUGGUAACAUUUAGCCACGUGGCGCUCUAUAUCUUCUAUAUAAUUUACGAUCUCAUGUUUAAUUCAUGAUGGUUGUCACGUGACAGUUUUUUCAUUGUUUUAUCAAUAAGAUCACGUGACUAAAUGUUGUUUGUUUACGAUUGGUGAAUGAGGUCCAUUCAAGAAAACUUUCUAAAAACUAAGACAACCCAACACUCAAGUGAAUAUUUUUGCAAAAGUCUCACCAUUGGUCACUUUACAAAUAUUCUGGGUCUGAAGAUAAGGUAAAUAAAAUAAAUAAAUUACCAAUAGCAUAUACAAAAAAAAACAAAACAUAACUUCCAAAUACAAAAACAUUACCAAAUAAAAAAGGAAUGUUGAGCAGGUUGCUUGAAUCAGCCAGAAAAACCAUUGACUUCUAUCUCUGUCAUGAAGAUCAAUAUUCAUAUAUAUUAGAAGGAUGCAUUCUCAUUGAUAAAAUAAAUUUUAUAGUUGCUAACUUGAUGAUGAUGAAUACAAUUCAUGAUUCUAAGCCUAACUUAUGUGGGAUUCUAAGGCAUAAGAAUUCAUUUGUUGGCAUUUUGUGAGCAUUUAAUUAAUUUUUUUUUUUUAUUCGCGUCUGCUAACGUACAUGCAGACAUCUUUAGUUUUGCACCUGCAAUAUAAAUCUUGUGCAGCUAUAUAACACGGGGGCAAAAAGUAUGUGAGUUUGCUGGGUUUUCUCUUUAAAUGCUAAAAUGGGAAGCUACUGUUUAUUUUUCUUGUACUGUAUAUUUUAAAGCAUUAUGAGUGCAGAGUGUUUGCUUCAGCAUUUAGUGACCAAACUUUUUAUCUCCAAGCAAAGUUUAUAUCUAAUAUAUAUAAUAAUAAUAAUAACAAUAAUAAUCUGUAUUGUCCAUAUGGAAAUUUGUCUUACAAUUUGUGCAUAUACAAUGCAUAAAUACUUAAAAGCAUAAAUAUGUUUUUAGAACCCUUGAAUAUGCACCUUUUGUUUGUUUUUUUCUUUAGCAUGUAUUAUAUUAGCAUUUCCAGGAAAACUUGAAUAGAAAAAAUGGAAGUUACAAUGUUGGACUUGCAGUAAUAGGACAGCAUAGCAAAUAACAGUUUAAAUUGUCAGUUAAGAUAUAUAACUAGUUUAAGCACUCUAUAAUAAUGUUUGUAAAUUAUGAGCUAAGAUUGGAUAUGAUUGAUUUUCCCCUUUUUGACAUAACUUUAAUCACUUUCAUUUUCUAAAAUCUGCACAUAAUUGUUCACUAUUGAAAACGCAAACGUUUUUUUCUUAAUUCCAAAGAUUAAUGAAGAGUGCAGUAUUUUAAAGUGGCUCUGACCAACACAUUUUACCACAUCUGAUGCCAUUUUCUUUGUGGAGAGAGAUGGUCAAUUUAAGUUUCUUUUAUUGUCUCUAUCUGUUUUUUGAUAGUAGUUUUUUUCUUGUUUCACUAUGCUACAGACUUUUCAAGAAUUCUCUGUCAUAUUUUGCAAACCUUUUUUCUGCCAAGUGCUUUUCUCUAUGUCAUUUAAGAGUAAGCUGGUAACUGAGCUGGUCUUUCAAACUUUUUCUGUUGCAUCACUGUUAGCCUUUCUUCUUUAUGAUCAUUAAAGAGAAAAGAGUGUAUUUCUACAAUUAUAUAGACUAGUCACCUACAAAUAAGUUUUAAUAAUUUUCACUUCUAGUUUUCUUACCUUACCUUUUAAUCUUUUUAAAUGUAUAUUAUACAAACUGCCUCUAAAGGGUUAGGUGUUAGUCAUAUCUGGCAUUAUUCAGUGACAAAACAAUUUAGCACCAUGCAUUUAAGUUGUUGUUUUUUCGUUUCCAGAUAAGAGCUGUUUGAGCUCUUAGGUCAAUAAGUUAUUGGAGUUAUUGUCUGUUCUAUCAUUUCUUAUGCAUUGUUCAGAAGACAUUUUUAAGUGUAGACUUAAAUUAUAAAAUUACAUUUUUAUUAGUGUAAUCAAUCAAUGGUUGUUAUUGUAAUGCAGUGUUUCCCAAAGUGGGGUAUGUAUAACCCCAGGGGGUACGGGAAGACUUUGGAGGGGGUAGGCGUUGCACCUCAUGAACUAUGCUGAUGUUUUUAAAUACCCAUUUAUUAUGUUCUGCUUAUAACUUAACGUGGGGGGUGGGUAAGGGGGCGAGGUGUUCUCAGCAUUUAAAAAAUUAUUAAAAGUGUUACACAUAUAUCAAAUGUUUGGGAAACACUGUUGUAAUGUAACUAGCCAAUAUUUUUCAUCAUAUUGAUAAAGCGAUAAAGCGCUUUGCUUCCAAACAGGGGUCUGGGGUUCAAAUCCUGAUGAAGACUGGGAUUUAUAAUUUCAGGAUCUUCGGGCACCUGUGAGUCCACCCAGCUUUAAUGGGUACCUGACAUUAGCUGGGGAAAAGUAAAGGCGGUUGGUUGUUGUGCUGGCCACUUGACACCCUCAUUAACCGUAGGUCACAGAAACAGAUGACUUCUACAUCAUCUGCCCUAUAGACCACAAGGUAUGAAAGGGAAACUAUUGAUGUGAUGUGUAAUGAUGCACUAUCAUGGUUAUUUUAGUCUGAAGAGCCUGUUCAUUAAGUGAAAUAUUUACUGAAUAUAGUUCACAACAUGCAAAUGAAAAAAUCAGGCUUUCUCAUGGUUUAGAAAUUGACUAAAUAGAUGCCAUUCUUUCACAGUCUCUAAUAUCAUCUGUUGUCAACUUGUUUUUAUACUGCUGAUACUUGUUGAACAAAACAUGUUCUUUCUUUAUACUCCUGUAUUUCUGAAUGUGUAUAUAGACCUGUAUUGAAAGCCAAAGUCUAAAUGUGAUAUAAACUGACUAAUAUAUGCCCUGGUCAGUAGUAAUGACUUAAAAAAAAACACUAUUAAAAGUUCUUUGCAAGUUUUAAGUCGUUUUUUUUUACACUCUUCUCCAAAAAGUGAUUUAAGUUACUUAAAAUCCAUUGGCUGUAAAGCUGUUUAAAGCAUGGAAUCAAAUGGUUUAAGCCAUUUCCCCCCUGUGUAUUUAUAUAUAUAUAUAUAAUAUAUAUAUAUAAUAUAUAUAUAUAUAUAUAUAUAUAUAUAUAUAUAUAUAUAUAUAUAUAUAUAUAUAUAUAUAUAUAUAUAUAUAUAUAUAUAUAUAUAUAUAUAUAUAUCAUUUUUUAAUUGUAAAUAAAAACAUGGUUUUAGUCAUUUCUGUGUGUUAGAUUUUUAAAGUUUCUAUUGAUUUGUAUAAUUUAAGUUUAAAAUAUUUGUUAACUUUAAAAUUAUACUAUAACAAAUUUGUCCAAAUAACAGGAAAAAAAAAACUAGCACAAUUUACAUGUCCAGAUUCUUUGUUACAUCCUGGUUGGACCAAUACAUUUUACUGUGAAUUUUUUGAAGCCUGAAUGAAUGUUAUAAGGUAUUUGGUAAUGCUUGAACAUUGAAAUGUAAAUAUUUUCUAUUUCGACUAUUUUGUUAAUAAAAAUAAUUAUGAUCGA